UCCGACUCAGCAGUGCGAGCUCAUGUGUGACGCUGGUGAACCGUCCAGGUGGCCGCCAGUGGUCCAAGCCACUCAUCCCUGAAAUGUGUUUCAACACCCAAACAGCAAGCAAGAUGAACGACAGCGCGGAGGGACAGCUGUCAAACCCUCAUGUAUGGAGGACGGGACCAGCCGGCUGGUCAGCUGUGCGCAGUGCUGCGUUCGCGUACAUACCAGUGUUAUGUGUGUCUGGCCACGGAGCCGAGCUCGAUGACUGGCUGUGCGCCCGCUGCGAGGCAGAUGCCGUCACUGAGGACUGCUGUCUGUGUUCGCUGAGAGGCGGAGCUCUGCAGAGAGCCAACGAUGACAAGUGGGUUCAUGUGCUGUGUGCCAUCACUGUGCUGGAAGCUCGCUUUGUCAACAUCACUGAGCGGUGCCCUGUCGACCUCUCCGCCAUCCCACUGCCCCGCUUCAGACUGAAGUGUGCGUACUGCAGGAAACGGAUGAAGAGAGACGUGAAAGGCUGCUGUGUCCAGUGCUCCAAUGGACGCUGCUCCACCGCGUUUCACCCCACCUGUGCUCAGGCAGCUGGUGUCCUCAUGCACCCAGACGACUGGCCGUUCAUAGUCUAUAUCACCUGCCACAGACACCGGACACCCGUCAUACCUGAGCGUAACAAGGCCUCCAUGCGAGAGCUGAUGGCAGGGCAGAGGGUGAUCUGCAAGCACAAAAAUGGCCGUUACUACCACAGCGAGUUGAUGGAGCUGACCGCAGCCACCUUCUACGAGGUUGUGUUCGACGACGGGUCCUACAGCGACAACCUCUUCCCAGAGGACAUCGAGAACCGUGACUGCGUCCGGCUCGGCCCACCUGCUGAAGGCGAUGCUGUUCAAGUGCGAUGGACGGACGGGUUGAUAUAUGGAGCCAAGUUUGUGGCAUCACACUCCAUCCCUAUGUACCUGGUGGAGUUUGAGGACGGUUCACAAAUCUCUGUGAAACGAGAAGACCUCUACACUCCUGAUGAGGAUCUGCCCAAACGUGUCAAGUCACGCAUGUCUGUGGCGUCCGACAUGCGGUUUGAGCUCUUCACAAAGAACGAAGUCAAAGAGACCUCCAAGAGGCAACGAGUGAUCAACUCCCGCUACAGAGAGGACUACAUUGAACCGGUCAUUUACAGAGCCAUCAUGGAGUGACGUCCAUUCCUCUCUCCUUCCUCCUCCUCUCUUUCUCACCACAAAGAGGUGCAGCACCACGUCUUCUCUUCUUGGCCCGGCUUCUCUGUUUCUGGCUACUGCUGAUAGGAAUGACCAACACUCCCCAUCCCCCUCCCCCUCCCCCUCUCCCUCUCCCUCCUCCUCUACUCCUCCCCCCUCCUCCUCCUCCUCCUCCACGACCUGUCAGGCUUCAUCUUUAUAAACUACGGCUGGGACUUUCAGAGACUUUUGUGUGCAUUGAAUUAUAAUAUUUUUAGACAUCCAUUUCUCAUGUAUAUUUCUUUGGUUUAUGUUUUCUUCCACCAUUGCAUUUUUUUCAUUAUUUUUCAGGAAGAAGCCAUCAAUGAAUUAUUUAAUAUGAAAAGGUUGGGCUGUCUUACUGCAGCAGAUUUAUUUUCUCUACUAUCAUCAUAUAGCAGCUGUCAACACAUCACACUCAGCACAGUGAUUCUACUUUCUUCUUAAAAGUAAUUUAUCUCUGUUAUUAUUUUUGUUUAAAAUAAUUUAUCAACUCAUUUGCAGUGAAGAAAAAUAGCGCAUAGGCUAAAUACAUUUUUUUUAAGAAAGCAUUAUGUUAGGGUUUUUUUCCUUUCAUGAAUUUAAACAAAGGCAGAACUGAAAAGUUGGAACAUGAUCAGCUGGUAACCACAACAAUUUGACUCAUGACUUUGAUUCAUCCAGAACUGUGUUGAGUCGAUGUCCCCAAAGAAAUCAAUGUCUCAUUCUGACACAUCUGCAGAUUGUACUUUACUCUCUGUGCAUCUACUGUGAAGAAAGAAGAAAGCUGGACAUGUAAAGGGCCCGAGCCUUACAUUUCACAGGGCCAGGCACACUUUGCUUUCCUUGAAGCUUUGUCAUAACUCUUGUAAUUAAUGUUAUUAUUACACUUUAUUUAUGCCAGUGCAUUGAGUUUGAAACAAAGCUAUUUUUGUCAUGUCCUUUUCAUGGUCUGUAGAAAACCUCAGAUGUAUUUAUAUUUAUUAUAUUGAAAGGUUUUCAGACAUCCUGUUUAAAUUUCCAGGCUCACUUUUCCUGUUUUGGGAUUGGACGGUGUGAAUGCCUGCGUGGGUCGAGCCCCUCUCUAAGCAAAAAGCACUUAUUGUUCCCUCCUGCCACGGGACAUUUCGAUAUUUUUGUGUGUUCCUGAUGAAAGUUAGCUUUAGAGAUGAACAUUGUAACCAGGUUAUAGUUUGAUCCCAAAUAAAAAAAAACAUGGUAAGAGGA